CUCGAUUUUACCAUUCAGCUCCAUUGGUAGCCUAGUACCUGCUACAAUUCACAUCGAAUUGUCGGGAGAAUUUUUUAACGCGCUUUAUCGAGUACACUGGCAUUUUUCGGAGAUACAACAGUAAUUCGUUAUUUAGCACUGCAUGAGAAUUCAUCAAAGAGGACAGAAAAAACCUGUAGGAAAAAGGAGUGGUUAUUCCCUAUCUGGUGAAAAUCGGCGACCAAUCUGUUAACGAAGAAUCGAGUAAUGGCUUGUCAUGCUCUGGGACGUUGCCGCAUUUGCGCUCGUAAACAUAAAAUUGCAGUAUUUGGAAGAGAAGAGCAGCAGCACUUCUUGAUUGAAAGAGCAAACUUGAAACUCAUCAUACUGAACACCGUCUGCAUAUCCUGCAUAUCAAAAAUUGAAAGAUUUGUAAAAAAUAUGGACCUCUCCAGCGAGUAUUUGAAUAAUCAGCACGAUAAAAAACUACCGAAUUCUGCAGAAAAGUUGAAUUAUUCGCUACCAAUUAAAAUGGAGACUGACCAAAAGUUGAGUGCUCAGACGGAAAAACAUCUCAUCCAAUUUACUCAGGAUUCACCGGAAUAUUCUUCGACGACCACAGAAAGCCAGAAUGACGUCCUUCGAACUGAUAACGCCCGAUCCUGUUGCCCGAGGGAUUCCCAGCUCGAGAUAACUUCACCGACUGGUCCGUUGCCACAAAAAAAAACGUGCCAGACUUCUGUUAGAGCAAAAUCACCGGAAGAACCUUCCCGAAAACGACCUUUAUUCAUUCGAAAAAUUCAGAUUUUUGAUAAUAAAAAAGCUAAUAAUUCAAAUGACUUACCCGUGUCCCUAUCGUCAAGUAAACCCGCAAUUAUUGAUGACCAAGAUCCGCAAAAUUCUCCCUCGCUAUUACCCGCGUCAUCUUCCUCUGCAGAUUUCUCACAUGCGAGAAAGACAGGUCGUCGUCUCUUGUGUGAUUUUUGCAAGAAGGAAUUCAAUCAUACCGGAGAUUUGAAUAAACAUCGUAGAAGACACACGGGGGAAAAACCGUACGAGUGUUCUCAGUGCGAACAAAAAUUUGCACACGCUUCGAACUUGGCUCGUCAUCAACGUGUACAUUCUGGAGAACGCCCUUUCGUAUGCCCUACGUGUGGAAGAAGUUUUACUCGCAGAGAUAAACUUACCAUUCAUAUUGCCGCAGCUAAAUGCCGAGUGAUUGAACCCAAUUUGAACAUUUGCCGAAAUAAGAUCGAACUGUGAUAGAUAACUACAGAGAGAAAGAUAGACUGUGUUAGGAUAGAGAAAAUUGAUUUAUUACUGUUAAUGUUUACAAUAGCCUGUGUCUUAUUACAAUAAUUAAAAAACUAAUCAUUAUAUGCAGUGUUGAUACAACUGUGACGAGAAAUGAUUAGCAAGUUGAAAAAAAAUGAAUAAAUCAUGAUCAAUGAAAUAAUAA